AUGUCACAGUGCACACCCAUCACCAUCCAGCUCUUUUCGGAAAAUUUCCCACCUGUUUCGCAUCCCUGGCCGAACAAGCAGCUCCGCUGGGGGCCGUCGUUGGAGGUACGGUGGCGGGUGUGCUGGCGGUUGUCGCCGUCAUCGCAGCUGUCCUGUUUAAAACUGGCCGCUUGAAUAUCGGCCCUAGGAAGAAUUCUACUUCUUCUGCCGACGACGCCGUAAGGGUUCCUCCUGGUAGCUCUGGGCCCACAGACAACGGGCGUCCCGCGGCUGCUGCGGCCCCUGUAGCUCAUAAUCAAUAUCCCGUUGCCUAUCAGUACCCCGAAGCCCCAUGAAUCCGUGUCAUCCUUUGUUUAGCGAUGUGAGUGUUCUACCUUCCCUGUGAUACUUUGACAACGCACACCAUGGCCUGUUGCCGUGGGCUCCGUCUAUGGAAUGAAGGCAGUGUAACAGGAUUGAAUUCACGCAAAUACGCGCGUAUUUAUGCCGGGGGUGUGUCCGAUGGUUUACAUGUGUGCCCUGUAGAAAAAGAGUUGUGGCGUUUGAUUGAGUAUGUGGCGUUUCGAUUCAGUAUUUUCGUGAUUGUAUAUUUCUGAAGUCAACAAUUGUUUAACCUUUGUUGCGAUGACAGAGUGUGUUGAAGACGACGCGACGAGUAUGUUGUGCUUGACAGGAUGAUGGUUCGGAUUAGGUAGACGUAUGGUUAAU